AUGGAGGAAGAGAAUGGAGAAGCAAUCAAGGCAGCCAGGUCAGCGACCAUUACCCGUAAACCUGUGCCUGCGCCGGCGCCUGCGACCCGGCAAACUCGGUUCGGGGCUGGUAGAAAUGCCCUCCUUCAGCGAUGGAAGACUCUAAGUCGACGAGCCAAAAUCAUCGUCAUUGCUACUACCGUCGCCGUCCUCGUCCUGAUCAUUGGUCUUGCAGCAGGCCUUUCGACCCGCAAGCACUCCAAGAACCUCCCUCUCCCUUCCGGAAAUGGUGGUCCAUACACCGGUGACUUGACUUAUUACGGACCAGGUCUAGGCGCAUGCGGCGUCACAUCCAAGGACAGCGACAAGAUCGUCGCCAUAUCACAUACCGUCUUCGACGCAGUGAGCACAGGAAGCGAUCCGAAUCAGAACCCUCUGUGCGGGAAAAAGAUAAGAGCGAGGAGAGACAACAAGAGCGUCGACCUAACCGUGGUUGAUCGGUGCGUCGGUUGCAAGCCUACAGAUCUCGAUGUGACUAUCGACACCUUCGCCAUCCUAGCUGAUGUGGACUUGGGGAGAGUGAAUGUUGAAUGGAAUUGGCUGGAGAAUGUACCCGUUCAGGCUCAAACUUGA